CAGCCUCAAAUUCUGACCUGCCAUCUACGCCAAACUGCUUUCGGUGUCAUCUUCUCAGUGGCUGUUUCUUCUGUGCUGGCAAAAACUCUCACUGUGGUUCUGGCUUUCAUGGCAACUAAGCCAGGAACCAGUUUGAGAAAAUGGUACUAUGCCAAAGAACUAUCAGCAUACUCUGUCCUUAGUAUUUGCAGUGAAGGAGAUCAAUGAGAACCCCAAGAUUUUACCCAACAUCACUUUGGGGUUCCACAUCUAUGACAGCCACUUCAAUGCAAAAAUGACUUAUAAGAACACCUUGAACCUUCUCUUCAGUCAGAAUAGGAUUGUUCUCAACUACCUUUGUGACUUCCAGAAGAAUCCAGUCACUGUCAUUGGGGGCAUUAAUUCUGAGAUCUCCCUCCACAUGGCCAUAAUUCUAGGAAUCUACAAGAUUCCACAGGUUACUUAUUCCUUACUUACUCCAGCAAUUAGUGAUAAAACUCAGCUCUCUUCCUUGUACCGGAUGGUUCCCAACGAAGCACUUCAGUACAAUGGGAUUGUCCAGCUUCUGCUGUUCUUCCAAUGGAAGUGGGUUGGGAUUAUUGCAAAGAAUGAUCCUAAAGGACAAGAGUUUGUGCAGACUUUGGAACAGAUGUUUUCUAAAAAUGGUAUCUGCAUUGCUUUCACAGCAACAAUGCCUACAGAGAAAAACAUUGCAGAAUUUGAUGAUUUGAUGGAAGACUUAGAAGAUUUGACAAUUUUUCUAAUUCAAACAAGGGUCAACGUAUGUGUUGUGAAUGCUGAUGAAGCUACAUUUGAUCUGCAGUUUUUGGUGAAUAUGGCAGAAUCAAAUGCUUUAACGCCUAUAAGCAAGGUAUGGGUCAUGACAGCUGACUGGGAUUUUUCAUCAACUGUACUUCACAGAGACCUGAACAUACAAGCUUUCCAUGGCACCUUAUCCUUUGCAAUUCACUCCAAUGAAGUCCAAGAAUUCCCAAGUUUCCUUCAGAGCCUGAAUCCCCACUCUGAUGGAGAUGGCUUCAUCAUGACAUUCUGGGAACAGGCAUUCAACUGUUUCUUUCCAGAUAUUGGUGUGAGUAAAGAAUCCAAGGGUCACUGUACUGGAGAGGAGAAACUGGAGAACCUUCCUGGGCCUUUCUUUGAAAUGGACAUGACUUCUCAAAGCUACAGCAUCUACAAUGCCGUCCUUGCUGUGGCACACGCUUUACAUGCCUUGUAUUACACCCAUACCAAAGAGGGACCAAUGGUGGGCAGAGAAAAUCAGAAGCCUGCUAUGCCACAAUACAUUCAGGUAAUAUUUCACAUGGAAGGCAGAUAUUCUUUACUGAUUGAUUACUGUAUGAGUUAUUAUGGUGUCCUAAGUUGCAUCAGCAUCACCACAUCUUCUGAGACUGUUGUCUUUUGCUUACACUCUUUCAGAACCAAGUUUAUAUUUUCUUUCUCUCUCUCUCUUUCUUUCUUUCUUUCUUUCAUUGAUUAUUGCAUAUAUAUCCCACUCUUCCUGAAAGGCUCGUUUGCAGCUUAUAGCAUACUUUAGAAUGAAUAAUCCUAUCCCAUAAGGGCAGGAAGUUGCUGUAUUUCCCUUCCUAUUUGUUUCAGAUGUCACAAAAUCUAUUGAUGCAUGCUGGUGAAGGAGAAUUGGGGCUUGCAUUUCCCCCCGCAUAUAUCUUAUUACAUAAGUAAUGUAUUUUAUUACACAAGGGGUUUCUAUGCGUAUGGAAUCAAGAAUCCAUAUCUGAACUUUGGUCCAGAUCUGUUUCUAAGCUGACAAUUGGCAAAUUUGCUUUGCUGGCUCUUUGCAGAGAACUGGGACACUAGCUUGGCUUUAGGUCAGUUAGAUGAAUUUCGAUGGGUAUAUGUCAUUUAUGCAAAUCAAGUACCAGUUAAUCGCUUAUUUUCUACUCAAAAAAAAUUGCAAGAACAUGGAAGGGCUUUUUCUGCUGAGCACUGGUCAUUAGAUAAUGGUCAACUGACUGGGGAAGUAAAUUAAUCCAAAUAUACAACUAUGAAAGUCAGUAAUUCAUAGUUCUUGCACAUAGGCAAUAUUGAUCAAUAUCUAAUCAUUCUAAGAUGAUGUCUUUCUAAUCCAAAAGGGUGGUAUCUUGUAGUUAGAUGUGGCUUAUCAACACUUAGCAAGUACUCCAAGUCAUCCUUUUGGGAGAGAAGGACAUUCCACAUGAGAUGAUCAAAUUUAGGAUCACAAAUUAGAAUUAGAAUUUUUCCUCCACUCUAACCUUCCCCCUCCUUCUUUUACUUGUUCAUAGCUUUGGGCUUCACGCUCUGGCUAUACCUCUGUUGAUUUUUCAUGCCUUUAUUUUCUGUAGCUACAUCCCCAGCUAUAGUUUUUGGUUAUUCUUUUAAUUCUUUUCAUUGAAUCUCCAAUUUUAAGUUUGAUCUUUUGUAUUGCUGAGACUGUUUUGCUGAGACUGGUAGACUGAUUCAGCAGGAGUGGUGAGAUGCCUAAUGAACUCUUUAAUGUGUUUAAAGCUCUUAAGAUUUGCUCCUUUAAACUAUUUCUAAUGUAAUUCAGUCAGUCAGUCAAGUUUAUUUAUGGUCACAGGCCAGAAUUCACAAUAUAUGUACAAAUAAUAAUCAACAAUGGUUACAGUAGUUGGUGUAAUU